UAAUGUAAUAAGCAUUACCGUGUUUCAAACAACAACGCGCAUUACUUUUCCGUUUAACAAAACCCUUUGAGACACAGUAUGACGCCAACCAAUGAGAUCCUUUCUAUUCAGUGUAAACGGAAGUGAACAGUGACCAAGAACGAUUUCCCCGUUAGCGUUUUUAUUGUUGUUAUUUAGACGUUUAUUAACACACUGGAACGUAAAAUAUGACUAAUUUACUUGGACAACAUCACAUACGUACCUAAGGUAGUGUUUAAAUCACGUUGGAGACAGGAUUUGGUUGAUAGCUAGCUAGCUGGCUGCUAACUAGCUAAAAAUGGCUAACGUGAACAGUAUGGUUUUUCACACUCAAAUAGCCUCCAUCAUGGAGGUGCUAGCGAAUGCAGCCGUGGCAGAGAUCUGUAAAGUCGUAGACGACGACUAUGCAGUGUUUCGUUUGGAAAUAACUCAGAGCCAGAAGGAGAAUAGGGCAUUGCGGAGGAAACUACAGCUACAAGAAUUGAAGGUGUCACGGGAGCGCGCAGAGAGGACAUUGCGGGAGCGCGUCCUCGCCAUUUCCAGUAGUGUCAAGAUCCUCGACCGAUACAGAGGAAUGACAAGAGGCGAAGGACAUCUCACUGGAGGACACAAGCCAACGGGACACAAUAUAUGGAGAGAUGACCAACCAAUCACUGUUGAUGAGGGGAAUGGAACCUCACCCCAGCACGUUAUCGUGAUGGAGUCUGCAGAUGCAGAGACUGCAGGUCCUGGGGUCAAGCAGGAGAAGACUGAAGGAGAGGAGGAACCAUGGCACAGCCGUAACAUCCAGACUGGCGCUCCCCCUGUAGCCACGGAGGACCCCACCACUGCCACCGUGCUACCCAUGACCCGACGCAGCAUCACGGAGGAGGAGGGUCCAGAGGUGCUGCUGGUGAAGGAGGAUGGUUGUGAGGAGAGUCUGGGGAACCCUAAGGGGACCAAGGUCAUGGAGGACAUCCAGACGACACCUCCUUCUGAACCCACAGAGGAACCAGCUGAACAGCACAGGACCACACACAGUCUCACUGAGUCAGUAGACAUGGAGAAUGGGAAGCCUGAUCUGUUGAUAGUCAAAGUGGAGACAAUAGAAGACGAACCAGAGAGCAUUGAUCUGCUGAGUGGACUAAAAAUGGGGGAGCAAGGUGGUUGGCUGGAGCCUAACAAGGGAGAAUGGGCAGCCAUCUUGGAAUCCCAGACGGGCGCAGCCAAGGGCCCAGGGGACCAUAUCACUGAGCAGGGCGAGAUAGUGGAGUCUGCAGUCCAUGAGGACCUGCUGAUGUCCGGUGUUGCUGACGGGAGAGACUGGACCUCUGUAGCGGCUGGUCACAAACCCUGGCCCCGGAUCAGGACCCUGGAUCAGGAGAUGUCACUGUUCCUUCCCGAGUCGCAACUAGGACCAAACCAAGAGGGACAGAGACUCCACCACCACACAGAACACAACCAGUGGACAGGUGGACUGAACAACCUCAGUCCUGGUGGUCAUCAGAGAGACAGAGGCUCCAGUCAGGGAUCCAAUCUGCAGCCCAGACCCUUCUCUUCACAGUCUCAGUGCAGGGAUGAAGCAGGGCCUGGGGCUGAUAGAGAUAGACCCUCCUGUUCCUAUGAUACAAACACCACAGUAUCCAUGAUGAACAGAGCAGGUCACCCUGGGCUUCAGCAUUCACAGAGCGUGGUGGGAGACCCCCCUGGUGGUGGUCUUUCAGGAAGUCUGUCUUCAGGGUCUCGUCUAAUGCCUGGUGACUGGGUUCAUAGAAAGCCUGGGUCUAGCCUUCCUCAGCUACCUCAUGGUUACCCCACAAAUACAGACAGGGUCAGGAUGGACGUUCACCACGAGAAGUACCUAGCCUAUAACACAGCACACAAUCCCAACAACAUUCAAACAAUGGCUAGAGGUCAAGGAGGGAGCUCAAAGACUAACCACCUGAGGGUGGUGGCUCCUGCUUCUACCGCCUCUGGUGUCAUUGGGUCACAACGUGGGAGGCCGAGCAUUAGGACGGAUGCCGACAAGCCGUACGCCUGCCUCACCUGUGGGAAGCGUUUCGCUGAGGCAAACUAUGUGAAGAAGCACCAGACUGUUCACACCAAGGAGAGGCCCUUUAAGUGUAAGCUGUGUUACAAGAGCUUCUCCUUCCAGAAUAACCUUAUCAGACACAGGAGUGUCCACAAUGGGAAGAAAUCAUAGAAGUGUAUGAGUUUUACGCAGGGGAUUUCUGGGAACCAUUGUUUAGCUGACAUACACUACAUGACCAGUAUGUGGACACCCCUUCAAAUUGUUGACAGGUGUUUACAAUCGAGCACACAGGACAUGCAAUCUCCAAAGACAAACAUUAGCAGUAGAAUGGCCCAUACUGAAGAUUUGUGACCUUCAACAUGGCACCAUCAUAGGAUGCCUUGGUUCCAAGAAGUCAGUUCAUCACGUUUCUGCCCAUUUAGAGCUGCCCCGGUCAAAUGUAAGUGCUGUGAUUGUGAAGUGGAAAUGUCUAGGAGCAACAACAGCGCAGCCACGAAGUAGUAGGCCACACAAGCUCACAGAACGGGACUGGCGAGUGCUGAAGAUCGUAGCUCAUAAAAAUUGUCUGUCCUCUGUUGCAACGCUCACUACCGAGUUCCAGACUGCCUCUGGAAGGAAGAACGUCGGCACAAAAACUGUUUGUCGGGAGCUUCAUGAUAUGGGUUUCCAUGGCUGAGCAGCCGCACACCACCCUAAGAUCACCAUGCGCAAUGGCUCUUUCCUGUUUCAGCAUUACAAUGCCCCUAUGCACAAAGCGAGGUCCAUAAAGAAAUGUUUUGUCAAGAUCGGUGUGGAAGAACUUGACAGUCCUGCACAGAUCCCUGACCUUAACCCCUUAGGGAUGAAUUGGAACACGGAUUGCGAGCCAGGCCUAAAUGCCAAACAUAGAUACAGGACCUCACUAAUGCUUUUGUGGCUGAAUGGAAGAAAGUCCCUGCAGCAAUGUCCCAACAUCUAGUGGAAAAGCCUUCCCAGGAGAGUGGAGGCUGUUAUAGCAGCAAAGGGGGGCACCAACUCCAUAUUAAUGCCCAUGAUUUUGGAUUCAGAUGUUCAACAAGUAGGUGUCCACAUACUUUUGGUCAUGUAGUGUAUUAUAGUUAUGUGUAGUGUAUUUGGGUAAGAGUUUUUUUUUGGAUUACUAGGUCCCUCGUUUGAGCCUCUGGGUACACUCAUAUUCUUACAUGAUACAGACUUGUUUGGUGUGCUAGCAUAGCCAAAACACUGUCAUUGAAGUGUAACACAACAUGUCCUCUCUGAAUUUGGUUUUGCCUAUGUUCUAUUCAAAACAAAUAUAAUGUCUCCCCCCCAACAUUAUUCAGCAUAAUCAGGUGGUACCUGUUCCUUUAUGUACUAAAAAAAAUAGGUGAUCAAAUCUGUUAAUAAAUGAGAAAUCAUGUUGUCA